AUGUCCCCACGCUCAAAGUCAGUUUGGCUGGCACUGUUAGCUGCGAAUAGCUUCGCAUAUGCUAGCGAGGAACCGCCUGCUGUGACGACAGCGCCUAUUUAUCUGCCCUAUUACGACGAAGACUCGUGGUCUCUUGUGCGCGGUAGCGUUAUCUCAAGCGAUGCGAAAGCUAAGGAAACAACAUACACAAUAUUCUGUCCAGAUACAGACGACUCAGACCCUCCAGAGUGUGAUUUAUCCCUUGAAUUCCCUUUCGUUUUAGUCGAAGGGCCUGAUACUGUUCGCUUCCAUGGCACGCAUACCUCAAGGCUCACCGCAAAUCUAGAGUGCAACCUACAAGGCACGACAAAGGCCACUUGUUCCGGGUACUCUAGUUUCAACGAGGGUUAUAACGAUGGCGUGCACACAGGUCCAACCGAAGUGACAUGGACAUCAACUUAUUCCGGCAGCGAAGUACAAUGGGGUGUCCUGACAAUGGGCGAACUUCCCCAUGACCCGGACCCUGUUACUGCAGUUUCGAGUACACCGACGGACUUUGUGUCCAUGCCGAUAGCUACAAACGGCGAUAAUGCUGGAGCAAGUUUGAGCGGCUCCUUCAGGGCUGCUUUACUUGCUGCAUGUUGCACUUUGGUGGUUGGUUGGACUCUUUAA